GACACGGAAAUGGUAAUAGAACUCUAGAGCCCCAGAAUUCAAGUCAUAAAAAUACAUUGCAUGAGUGUUUUAUUCUAUACCUCGUCCCUGCUGGCAAACUAUUUUUGUGUGACAUAAGUUUGCGUGUCUACAAUUCUAUUGACUUGCAGUAUUAACUAAAGAAUGUUAACUAAAGAAACAAAACACCCAUUGUGAAAUAAGUUAAACAGAUAACACCUUGACAAAAAAUAAUGAUAACGUAAACAUUCGAAGCUAUUUAAGUGAUAACAAUUGAAUUUUUCAUAUAGAGCUCCUUUGAGCAAUUUAUAUGACUUCUGACAGUCCCUAAAUUUCCUUGCAAAAAUAUUGAAAAUGUUUGUUAAUAAGGUUAUGAGUACAUUAACUCGCAAUACUUUGGGCAAGAACAUUCAAAAGUCUGUAUUAAUCGUUCACAAUGUCAAUAAUUUUCGAUAUUCCAUGCCAAAGAACUUCAUGAAUUUUUCAUAUGAAAGAGACGAGCGUAAAAAACAUCAUUUAUUUUUGUUAUUGGGGGUACCAGUUUGUUUCAUCAUUGGUCUUAUAAAUUGGAAAGGAAUGAAUGGAAGAUACUUUUCUUCGGUAAAAGCUGCAGAGAUGAUCGUUGAAGAGGUAAAUAAUAAGAACGGGCAAAUGAUAUUGGAGCAGGAAGAAGAUGAUCAAAAGAAAAAGAAAAAAAAGCCAAAAAUUGGUUUUCGUGAUCGUAAGAUUAUAGAGUACGAAAAUCGUUUACGAGCUUAUUCUACACCCGACAAAAUAUUUCGUUACUUUGCAACUGUAAAACUAUCGACCUUAGAUAGUACUGAAAUAUACAUGACUCCCGAUGACUUUUUGAGAGCAAUUACUCCCGGCAUGAGGCAACCAGAUGGUCUUGGUCUGGAUAAGUACAAACGCUACGACCCAAAGAAUGUUCAUAACAAACUGGAACUAUCCCUAGACGAGGAUAGUAUCUUCUACAAACUGGGAAGUGCCGGUUUAAUCACUUUCUCCGAUUACAUAUUUCUUCUCACCGUAUUAUCCACUUCCAGGAGGCAUUUUGAGAUUGCUUUCAGGAUGUUCGAUUUUAAUGGUGAUGGAGAUGUUGAUUCUGAAGAAUUUGGAAAAGUUGCAACCUUAAUCCGACAACAAACUAGUAUUGGAAAUCGACAUCGUGAUCAUAUAACCACUGGCAACAUGUUUAAAGGUGUCAAUUCCGCACUAACUACAUACUUCUUUGGGUCAAAUAUGAAAGGAAAAUUGACUAUUGAAAAAUUUCUCGAAUUUCAACAGCAAUUACAGACAGAAAUACUGAGUUUAGAAUUCGAGAGAAGAAGUCCUGGUGAAGAUGGUAAAAUAUCAGAACAAGACUUCACAGAAUUAUUGUUAGCAUACGCGGGAUAUCCAGACAAGAAAAAGGAUAAAAUUCUAAAAACUAUAAAGAAACGUUUCAAACAAAAUCCACAAGGGAUAAGCAAAGAUGAAUAUUUAAAGUUCUUCCACUUUUUAAAUAAUAUUAAUGAUGUAGAUACAGCAUUGACAUUCUAUCAUAUUGCAGGAGCAUCAAUUGAUCCAGCUACUUUGAAGCAUGUUGCAAAGACAGUAGCACAUGUGGAUUUGAGUGAUCACGUCAUACAAGUAGUUUAUACUAUUUUUGAUGAGAACAUGGACGGUCAACUAAGUAACAAAGAAUUUGUCGCUGUUAUGAAGAAUAGAGUUUUGAGAGGACUGGAAAAACCAAAAGAUACUGGCUUUGUAAAAUUGAUCGAGUCUAUGGCAAAGUGCUUAAAAAUUAGUUAUAUGUCCUUCGAUAAUUAAAAUUAACAUAAUUCAAAAUAAUCAUUUUCUCAUACAUGAAGAAAAAAAAUAAUCGUCAACGGCUUUCUUGUUUCGAAUAAAUAAACAUAAAUUAUUAACUGAAUAAAAGAUUACUGAAACAUGAACAAGUA